AUGGGUCGGAGCUCAGCGGUGGGAAGCUUCGGCGCCACGCAGCUUCGGCGCAUCCUGGACGUCGGCGAGCAUGUCGAGGGGAUGGUGGUGCAAAUUUACUGCCCUGGGGGCGUCUCUGUAGAUGUGGGCUGCGCCGACACCUAUGCAUUCCUGGAAGUGGAGGAGUUCGCAGAUGGUUUUCCACGGAAGGGGCCGUUCAAGUACAAGCCCGGAGAUCAGAUUUCUGCGAGGAUAUUGAGCGUGAACCCGGAAGCCAGGGCGGCGGACCACGGAGAGCCCGACCCGCAUGGAGAACAUGGAGACACAGGCCGGCUUUACCUCACGCUGCGAUCGGGAGCGGACCUGGCGCGGCCGGAUCGUUACGUCGCGGAUUCAAGCAGGCCGGCAGACGUGAGAGCUUUUCUGGAUACCGAGCAGGGUGAAUGGCUUACGGGAGAGGUGGUGAUGAUGUCGAGCUGGGCUGUGUACGUCAAGGUGACAUCACCUGCCGGAAAACCAUUUGUCGGCAUUCUUGCGGAGGAAGACUUCGAUGGGGAAUUUGUGCAGGAUGUGGCUCGUGGCUCGCAAGUUCCUGUGCGCAUUAAGGAGGUGGACAUCACCAAUCGGCGGCUGCUGCUGACUAUGCUUCCUCCUGGUGACAAAAGGAUUGACUUCUCUCUUGUGCCGUCGUGUUCGCGGUGUGCCUCAG